AUGCGUGAUGCGCUAUCUCGUAUCGGCAUCGUGCAUGGUGAUGUUAUCGGUACAUUGGCUGGUAAUUCUACCGAUUUCAUUGCAUUCUCAUUGGCGACAAUCUCGAUUGGUGCUAUUCUUACACCUGUGAAUCCAUCUUAUAAGACAUAUGAAAUAACGAAACAUUUUUGUGAAGCGAACGUCAAAUGGAUUGUAAUCGAGGAAUGCUUUUUGGACAAACUAAGCAAAAGCGUUGUAUUUCAAAGUGUUCAGUCUUUAAUAUUCUUUUCAUCUGGCACAACUGGACCUCCAAAGGGUAUUAUUCUGAAUAAUCGUUCAUUAAUUGCAACCAUCGAAAUUGUUCGCAUCUUAAAUGGCCCAAAAGGAGAUGCUCAUCAAUUCGAGAUGGUCAAAGUUGAUGAAAAUGAUGUGAUUUUCGGUGUUCUACCAUAUUUUCACGCUGGUGGUUUAUUGACUGUUUAUUGUAUGCUAGCACAAGGAGCUAAAGUGAUUAUUAAUCUGUAUGGAAUGACCGAAGCAGGUGUUAUGAUUUUUAUGCAUCCGAAAAAUUGUGAAUUGAGAGAUGGCAGUUGUGGUAUAGCACUUCCUGGAGUAGAAUGCAAGAUUGUCGAUAGUCAAAGCAAAAAGAUUUGUGGUCCGUAUGAAAGUGGUGAAAUUUAUUUGAGAACGUUAACAAUGAUGAGCGAUUAUCUGAGAGGGAAUAAACGAGAGUCAGUUCCGUUUAUCAAAUUUUUAAUGGAAAUUGAUGAUGCAUACUAUUCGUCGAACGUGUUAUCCUCUAUAAUCUUCUUCCAUCCUUGUCCGAAUGAACAACUCACGAGCGGUUCACAAUACCAACCGCAAACAAAUUCAGUGUCAUUUGAAAGUCCUGAUGGAUGGUUUCAAACAGGAGAUGUUGGUUAUUAUGAUGUAGAUAAAUUUUUUUAUAUAACAGGGCGCACGAAAGAAAUGAUUAAAGUUCGAGGAUGGCAGGUAUGUUGUUAUUUUGUUGUUGUUUUCAGACAUUCACAGUUGUAUAUUUUCCAGGUAUCACCAUAUGAAAUCGAGAAAAUACUUUUGGAAUUUGAUGAAGUUGAACAAUGCAUUGUGGUCGGUAUAUCAGAUAGUGAUGCUGGUCAGCUACCAAAAGCCUACAUCAAACUCAAACAAAAUGUCUGUUUAGACAAGGACGUCAUUCGGAAUAAAUUAAAAGAAAAAUUAGCAAGCUAUAAACAAUUGGCUGGUGGCAUUGAGUUUAUCGAUCAAAUACCAAUCACAUCGUCUGGAAAAGUUGUGAGAAAAAUUGUCAGCUAA